UACGAAAAUAGGCAACAAACAUAAUAAAUAUCGAUUUAUUCACCCCAAUAACAACAAAACAUUUACAAAUCGCACAGAUAAGACUUAUUUUUAAAUUGCCUAUAAAAAAAUGCAAAAUAUUACGCACUUUCGUCCGAAUGUCUACGCAUUGUUUUGAGGUUGCUUAUUCUGUUUCCGAGUUCCUGUCGUUCGUGUGCUCUUUGUUAUUAGUUUAACCUCCUAUAAAAACAUCAAUCCCUUGGUAAAACCAUCGCGUAAAUCAAUCACAGUUAAACACUGGCCCAUCUAAUUUUGCCAUGAAUGUGCUUACAAACAAAGUGGCGUGUUAGACUCUUUUAACAGCUGAAAACCGACUUUGCCUUGAAGUAAUUAAUUGAUAUGCGUUUCUGAGCGCUACGUGAUUUGUCAACCGAGAUUUGCUAUCGUUUAGGAAUACUAUUUAUCUAUUUGUUGACCAAGAUUCAUUAUUAUGAGGUCCUGUAACUGCCUAAACAUUCAGAUUGAAUCAGAAGGUGAUGACUUUGAGAAGGUUAUCCAAGAAACUCUCAAUUUGACUGAAUUCGAAAUAAAGGACAGCUUUUUCAAACAGGACUUGUUGAAAGUGAAGAAGUUGGUGAACAUCAGCAAGAUACUGCCCGGCAUUGUUCAAACAAGAACAGUCGGCUCAUGGACUGUUUCUAGGUGUAUUAAUUGCAAUGUUCAAACUCAUGCAGUUCACAAAGAAAAAGGUGCCUCUCUUGUUCUGAUCUCACAUUGUUUGCUGAAAAGUGAUGUAAUUGGAAAACUUAAAGCAAGUGGAGCAGUUUCAUCCAUCUAUAAUAUAGUGAUUAAUCCAGAUAACAUUGAUUUUGACAAUGGUCUAAUUGAUACAUAUCUUUCACCAGAAGCACAACAGAUAAUCAAGAGCAUUGGUCAAAUUUGCUCCGACGUUUUAAGGAAAGAAUCAUUAGCCAUAGAAGAUAGAAUACGAAAAUUCAAGGAACAGCAAUAUGACAUGUUAAACAACUUAAAGGACAAAGCUUUCAGAGAACAACAGCAAUUAGUUAGCGUUAUAAAAAGUGAUACCGGAAGUACAAAUUUACAUCCAAGCGUGUUGAAACGCAGCACAUCCGCACAGUCCCAAGAGAAAUCAUCUCAGGUGAACAACUCAACUGGCAAUGCGAACCCUAAAGUGGGACCCAAACGUCAAAAAAGCACCCCAAUAACCCACACGCCUUCGUUCGAUGCGGAAGGCCUGUUUGAUUUUGAGGGAGCUGAGGAGGCGCAAUCUGUGCCUAACUCUGAUGUUGAUGAGAGCGACAAAGAAGAUAAAGAUGAUGGAGGUAAAAUAGGUAGAGGAAGAAUCGGUAGUAUAAGCAUAGCUAAAUCUCUGCCGGUUAAUAUUCCAGCCUUUUUGACACCAUCGAGGUUUGAAGAUCCAGACGACUUCGAUGAUAUACUGCCUAAGGAUCCAAUGGAAAUAGCUGCCAACAUCCAGGCACUGGCGAAAAGUGUCCACGGCGACGCAGUCUUCGGCGAUUUGCCACGACCCAGAUUUAGCAACCAGUAUUAAACUGACCAAACACUUGGGAUUGAGUUCUUCCGAAGCAUCUUCCUUUUUUUAUUCCGUUAAAAUGAUUAAGAAUAUUUUUCAGUAACGUUUUAUUAGGGUUUUAUUGUCUUUUAACGUUAGUUUUUUUUAUUGUUGAGGGCCAUAUUAGCGUACAGGGAAAUUGAAUAACAGUUAACAAUAGUUGAUUAUUUUUUGGUUGCUGACCCUAUUGUGAAGAUUCAUGUUAAAUGGUCUUUGUUUUAAUGUGGCAAACUGCAAAAAUGAUACUGCAUGUCCUGGCUUAGUUUGAUGCUUAAAAGUUUGUAAUCAUGGAAAUAAUAAUAAUAAUAGCUGUGUGAAUAUUGCGCUGGACAUGCCGUACAUAAAAUUGAUUUUAAAUGAUAUUCAUUUGCUUAUUAUAUAUAUAAAAAAAAUGUUUGACAUUUAGUGUACUUCUGAUUUCUUUAUAAGUCGGUCAGUGAAUACAUAUCUGAAAUUUAAUUAAGUUCAAAUUUGAAAGUUGCAAAUUAUGGUGGAAGUAAUUUAACAAUUCAUUGAUGCAAUUCAACCUAGAACCGAAUUUUUUUGUGCCUUUAUAACACCAAAGCGUUCAAUAACCCCAAAGUAGGGACGUGAAAAUUCAUGCUGUGCUAUCUUAUAAGUUUAAUGGAUCUGUUACUUUUAGUUGCUUUUUUUAAUGUUUUGUAUGAUAAUUUCGCCAUUUGUUAAUUACACUUUGUUGUUGUAUAUAAAAAAGAUAAAUUUAUGAACUGGAAAUGUACAAGUUAGAUUUGUAAUUUUUAAGAAAACGUUCUUUCACUAAUGAAUAAACAAUUUAAAUAUAAA